AUGCACCUGUCAUCCUUGAUCGUCGUCACCCUUGCCACCAUGACCAGCAUAGCCAUCGCCAAAGGCGGCGGCCCAGCCAAAGUUGCCAUGCCCCCCAGCGACAGCCCAGAGCUCUGCCUCAAGCGCCUCAACACCUACCCGAACCGCUCGCCCAAGCGCAUCGACCUCCUCGGCGGCCGCUGCGUCCAGGGCCGCACCUACAAGGGCAAGUUUGGCCCUUAUAACGGCGACUUUUUCUUCGAGACGUGCUGCACGGACAAGGAUGGCAACUUCGGCGAGCCGACCUUUAUCAACGUGGACGAGUGCAUCGUGUUUGAUCCCGUGAACGGGACUCUCGCCUGGAACAACCAGAACUCGCACGAGAUUCGGGAUCACUGCGGCAUGUGUGAGGUGGAUGGCAUGCUCUUCGCCAAAGACGGGUUUCCUGCUGGUCCGUACUUGAGCUGCGACUGCAAGAAGGACAAUAAUGAGGUGGUCAAGGCCAAGAUCGGAUUGGGAGUGGAUCUUGAUGCAUCCAAGGAGCCCAAGGACGAGCUCUGGGUCACGGAGGCGGGCAAGCUUAGCUGCAAGAAGCAGUGA